GAACGUGGCGUCGCGUGUGAAGCUGCAGCCUCUGUCCGCCGCGCAGCAUCACUGGCCGCUGACCACAGCAUCCUCUCCCUCUGACGUCACGGCAGCUGCAUCAGCUGUCAAGGCCCGAGACCCGAAAAGCCUCUCGGCUGCCAGUAUCCGCCGCUGCCCAGGGGAGAACGGAGAUAACAGGACUCGCAUGACUUAGACAUUCCCUGCAAAUCUCCGCAAUGGCGACGCAAGAGGUUCAACCAAACGAGACUCUGGCUCAUCUCAAGACGGAGUCGGAGACGCUGAAGAGCAAACUGGAGGAGGAGAGAGCGAAGCUGCACGACGUCGAGCUCCAUCAGGUGGCGGAGAAGGUGGAGAACCUGGGCCAGUUUGUCAUGAAAACCCGGAGAACCCUGAAGGGCCAUGGGAACAAGGUGCUCUGCAUGGACUGGUGUAAGGACAAAAGGAGAAUCGUAAGCUCCUCACAGGACGGAAAAGUAAUUGUGUGGGAUGCUUUCACUACCAACAAGGAGCAUGCCGUGACGAUGCCUUGCACCUGGGUGAUGGCCUGUGCCUAUGCACCCUCUGGCUGUGCAGUGGCUUGUGGGGGUCUGGACAACAAGUGCUCCGUGUACCCUCUCUCCCUCGACAAGAACGAGAACCUGGCUGCAAAGAAGAAGUCGGUCGCCAUGCACACAAACUACUUAUCAGCCUGCAGCUUCACUAACUCAGAUAUGCAGAUCCUGACAUCUAGCGGAGAUGGAACUUGUGCAUUGUGGGAUGUUGAGAGUGGGCAACUCCUGCAGAGUUUCCAUGGCCACGCAGCAGACGUACUCUGUCUGGACCUGGCUCCUUCUGAGACCGGAAACACAUUUGUUUCAGGGGGUUGUGAUAAGAAGGCCAACGUGUGGGACAUGCGCUCUGGACAAUGCAUUCAGUCAUUUGAAACUCAUGAAUCGGACAUAAAUAGUGUCAGGUACUAUCCCAGUGGAGAUGCAUUUGCAUCAGGUUCAGAUGAUGCCACAUGCCGUCUUUAUGACUUGAGGGCAGACAGAGAGGUGGCUAUUUAUUCCAAAGAAAGCAUCAUUUUUGGAGUCUCGAGUGUUGACUUCUCUCUCAGUGGACGACUACUUUUUGGUGGCUACAAUGAUUACACAAUAAAUGUUUGGGACGUGCUGAAGGGGACACGGGUGUCUAUUUUGUUUGGGCACGAGAACCGUGUCAGUACGCUGCGCGUGUCCCCCGACGGGACGGCCUUCUGCUCGGGUUCCUGGGACCACACUCUUCGAAUCUGGGCUUAAUGGCGAAGAUGCAGCGGAAGAUUGAAUGGUAGAUAGAGUCAAGUAAAGAGAUAAUACAAUUCGCUUGAGUGCAAUCACAGAGACAGCGACUCAUAUUAAGAUUGUAUAUAGAGCAUAACAAUGGCACUGGGCACUGUGUAGGCAUAUACCCCAGUCUCAGUCAGGGUAGAUUUGUUGUAGGCAGUAAUUAAACCAAAUGUUAAACUCAAUUGCAAUAUAAACCAAAAAAAAGCACUCUAGUGUUUAGAAUGACUGAAUGCAAGAGGCAUAUUGCAGACACAAAUACAAAUAGAGAAUAGUAUCAGUCUAGGAUAGAAGAGGGGAAAAAAGUCCACUAAAAAGAUGUUGGCGUAGUCAUUUUUAUAUCUGCACUCCUGGUCACCACUCCAAAGAAAAACUGUUAGUGAAACUGAUCAGCUCGCAAUAUUACCCUGUUGUGUAAGAAACAACUAUAUAGGAAAAUGUAAAGUGAGUUGUUACAUUUCCAUCCAUGUCAGCUCAAAUUUGUUUUAUAUCUCAUCUCUAUUUUUUUUCAGCUGUGGAAUCCACUAAUUGCUUGAUGUGCACAUGCCAUCACAUCAGAUGCCCUCACCCAUGGUCCCCAAAUAGUUUAUCAAAUACUGUGUAAUAUGUGAAAACUCGUUUUAAAUCUUAGAAUGUACUCCUUUUCAUGCAGCUGUCUAAUGGAUGUAAUUUCAUAUUUAUUGAAAUUAUUUUAUUGUAGUUUAGUGUACAUACCAGUUAUAUAAGGGACAGUUUAUCAAAAUAUCACAUGCAUAAUAAAAUGAG